AUGUGGGGGACUAACCCGCCGUUGGAGGAAACUACAGACGUGGCGGGAACGCGAGAAGAGGAUGAUCGAUAUGGAAAUGGGGUUGUCAGUCAGGAUCAACUACACUCGAGAGGUCAAGAUCUAGGAACAUCACCGUCAAAUUGCGGCGGACUGGAUCCGCCAUCAAUGAUGAGUGUACAACCUGGGACAGGACAUGUGACCGGUGAUCCAUUGAAUGACAAGUGCGCCACAUCUAUGUCGCAAAAAACAGACAUGGAUCCAUUACCUGUUGUUGAAGAUCAACCAGGCACAUCGGAUCUGGACCUUACCUGGGACUCAGAUCAAGAUUAUGAUGAAUGUGUGUAUUACCAUGAAGGAAGUGAUCUAUACGCCGAAGACGUCGAUGGUCAGAUGGCGGUACUGCCGGAAGUACCUGUAACGACGGAGGAUAUCGAGGACAUUCAGCUUUGUGGAUCUGAUAAUCAGACCCCAAAUAAAAUUGACCGACUUCGCCAAAAGAUCUGGAAGUUCCGACAUCUCUUGAUCAGCAAGGGAAAUGCCCUUCCACCGGCGGCUAGAACGAGACCUAUCGCCCUCAAGUGUCGUAAGCUGCGGAUCCAGUUCAGGGAGAAGCUGGCGGAAUUGAUCAAGGGUCUAUUGCCUGCCAAGAUGAUCAAUUACUCUAGAUCACCAUGGGCUUCCCCGAUCGUGGUUAUCAUUAAGAAGAACGGGGUAGAUAUCAGGCUAUGCAUUGAUUAUCAGUUGGUGAAUAGCCUAACACAACUGAUGGUAUACCCAAUACCCUUGAUCAACGAUCUACUCGAAGAUCUGGGGUCGAAACUUUGGUACUAUUCUUUGGGCAUGGCAAGCGGAUUUUGGGUGGUAAAAAUGACGGAUCGUGCCCGCUUAAUCUCAGCUUUUAUCACGCCGUUCGGGCUAUUUGAAUGA